AUUCAACUUUUGAGGAUCUUCUACUGGGUUCUUGACCUUCACGAUGGUCAAAUUGGUGAGAAGGUUUUUGGCUAAGGUUAAAGGAGAAAGAGGGUAAGGAAGAGUGCCUUUGAAGGAAGAGCGUCGUUCGAAGGAGUAUCGUUCAAAGGAGGAGUGCCGUGGGAGGAGACUGCAGUUCAAAUUGGAAGGACUCCAGACGCACUAUGCUGGUCUGUUUGUGGACGGUCAGUUGAAAUGGGCGGCGUAGGAAGAGCGGAGGUGUUUAGUAGCAAAGGGUGUUCAAGGGUGUCUGUCGACAUCUCUUCUUCAUCCAGGGGACUGCAAUCUCAUUCUUCAAAGCCACAGUUGACCAUGCAUCCGUCUUCUGCUAGCACUGAUGUAAUAGAAUCUAGGGAAGAAGCUCGCUCAGUUGGCCCAUUUUCUGGGCUUAUCAUCUGCGUAACGGGAUUGUCAAAAGAAGCCAGGAUGCAAGUUAUGAAAGCAACAGAGGAGCUGGGUGGGAAAUAUAGCCCACAUUUGCAUUCUAAGUGUACCCAUUUGGUGGUUCAAAGAUUUCAUGGCCACAAAUUUGAGCAUGCCCUGAAACAUGGAUCCAGAAAUGGUCUUUUGAUUGUUACGCUGAGUUGGUUUGUGGAUUGUGUCAAAAAUAAUGAAAGGUUGAGUGAAUCACAUUACAGUGUUAAAGUUGCUGGAGAUGGUGUUUCUUUGGAUGUUUUCAACCGACUUAUCCAGAAGGAUGACAUUCAGGCUUCUUGUAUUCCUUUGGGAACAUAUGACGUGAUUGAAGAGCCACAACCAAAUAUUUUAGAAAGAGAAUAUGCGAAAAGAAUGAUAAGAUCUCCUUUGUCUGGUUAUUCAUUGUAUGUAGAUAUUGGUGUGUCUGAUGAACUACGUAGCAAGGUUGUUGAAGCUGCUUCUGCGCAAGGGGCUGCUUUGGUAGAUCAGUGGUUUAUCGGUUGUGGUGCCACUCACAUAGUCUGUGAAGGAAAUUCUAUUCAGAAAUAUCUUGGUCAUUCUGCAAAUAUUAUUACUCCAUUAUGGGUUCUGAAGACCGUAAAGGAAAAGCAACUGCAAAGGCUUGUUCACAUAUCAGCUGAUCUUGCUAAGCAAACAGGAACAUUGAUUGAGAAUAUUCAAUCUGGCAUUCAUAAAGAGGGAAUGAAGAUGAAUGUGGAUUUGUGGGUUGAUGCACCAAAUUCUACACCUAGAAUAAGUCAUGAUGUGAGGCAAAAGAUAGUGAAACUUGCUAAAGAUGGAGUAAGGAAGAGAAGGGGGAAACAUAUGCAGACAUUUCAAACCCCUAUGCGUCCAAUAACACCAAGUAGUCUUCUGGAUUCGAUUUGCUGGUCAAUAUCUGAGCCAACUUCAACUGCCUCUAUAUAUGUAGAUUCUUCUAGUGUUGAAGCCCCUAAACUGCAGAACACAUGUUUCUCCAAUGACGUUAAUGAGGAUGUGAAGGAAUCUGAAUUUUCAUUUGUGAACUUAUCCCGACCACUUAACGAAAGUGAGAAAUCCGAGACAGUAUUAAAGAGCAACUUUCUGACAAUACUGUUCCCAGUGGAUCGUUUUUCAGAAAUAGGUCAUUGUUCAAGAACAUAUUUCAGUGAUAGCGGCUUUAAGUGCCUGCAGGUCUUGGAUUAUAUAUAUGCCUUUUACCAGGAAGAUAUGUCUGUACAAGAUAUAGAGCUAGCCAUUCACACGGACUCCAGACAUGCUGAUCAGCUGCGCUCUGUGUAUUGCAGCCAUGAAACCACAGAGCGUGGUUACGUGGAAAUUAAACGGGUCGAGUUUAUGGGUAGCCGUAAAAGCUUUGAAAUGCUUAAGCGCAUUUCUGGGGAUAACAGUAGCAACGUGUAUGAGUUGGUGAUCAGAGCUUGACGCCAAUAUAGAUUAGAUUACUGAAUCACUCUUCGGUUUCAACAUUGGCAUGUAUGAGCAAGUUCUAAAUAAAAGAUUCUAAUAUAAUUUCCACAUUAGUUGCC